GUAUGCAGAUCACCAUCGAAGAAACUCUAAUUCUUCUCCUUCAUAUAAAACAUCCUUUUGGUACUAUAGUUACAUUUCCAAAUCAAUAUGCGUUACAGGGUUCCUCUUUCGCUGCUCCUACUUUCUUUACUAUGCGCAGGCUUCCUGCAGCUUACUUCAGGAUCGCGACAACUUAAUGUUGAGGAACAAGCGGAUCAAAUUGGGGGACAAAAACUACGAAGGCUACAAGAUGAAGAAGAAGAGGGUGGUCAAAAAGUAGGCAUAUGUUAUGGACAAAUGGGAGGGAAUCAGCCACCAGCCCACGAAGCUGUGGAACUUGUUCAAUCUGUUGGGAUCCAGAGAAUGAGACUUUAUGGUCCGGACCAUAGUGCUCUGGAGGCACUGAAAAACACUGGCAUUGAAGUUGUGCUUGGUGUCCCGAACGAACAUCUUCACAUGUUGUCCAGUGGCCAGGACGGGGCUGAUCAGUGGGUUCAAGAAUAUGUAAAAAAUUAUCAAGACGUCAAGUUUAGGUACAUUGUUGUGGGAAAUGGGAUAGCUCCUUUGCACGCUCAGAAUUCUGAGUUUGCAGAGUUUCUCCUCCCCGCGAUGCAAAACAUUAAAAACGCAAUUUCAGCAAGCGGACUACAAGACCAAAUUAAAGUCACCACUGCCCUGGACCAGUCCGAGAUUCUUAGUCAGUCUAGUCCGCCUUCAGCGGGUGAAUUUAGGCCUGACAUGAGAGACUUUAUUGAUGGCAUCAUAAAUUUCUUGGUUAACAACAAUGCGCCAUUGCUAGUAAACAUUCACCCCUACUUCAGUUACAUCUAUUACAAGGACGAGAUCCCACACGGUCUGGGGGAACCUACUAAAUGGUUUGUGAAUCCUCGGCUUAAAUACGCUCUGUUCCAGCAGACACAGAGUAUGGUACGAGACGGAUCACUUGGCUACACAAAUGUGUUUGAUGCGAUGGUGGACAGCGUGUACUCUGCGCUGGAGAAGGCUAAUGGAUCUUCUUUGGACGUGGUCGUGUCGGAAAUUGGAUGGCCAACAGCAGGAGCCGCAGAUGCCAAUAGGAAAAAUGCAGCGGCUCAUAACAACAAUCUGAUUAACCAUGUGCGCAACAAUGGGACUCCAAAAAGGCCUCACAAGAGUGUGGAAACUUAUAUUUAUAGUUUGUUUGAUGAGAACGGAAAGUCUCCAGAGGUGAAUAAGCACUGGGGAGUCUUCUGGAACAAUAAGCAAGCCAAGUAUGAGAUUAGUUUUCAGGGCUAGCUAGUUAUCUAUUAGUAUCUGUGUUAUCUGUGUGUGUCUAAUAAGGUCUGGUUCACACAUUUCUGUGUGUGUUUGUGUUUCAAAUAAGGAACGUCCACUUUUCUCA